CAGGCCAUCAAGGGUAUGCAUAUCCGAAAAGCCACCAAGUAUCUGAAGGAUGUCACUUUACAGAAGCAGUGUGUGCCAUUCCGUCGUUACAAUGGUGGAGUUGGUAGAUGUGCCCAGGCUAAACAGUGGGGCUGGACACAAGGUCGGUGGCCCAAAAAGAGUGCUGAAUUUUUGCUGCACAUGCUUAAAAAUGCAGAGAGUAAUGCUGAACUUAAGGGGUUAGAUGUAGAUUCUCUGGUCAUUGAGCACAUUCAGGUGAACAAGGCACCAAAGAUGCGCCGUCGUACUUACAGAGCUCAUGGACGGAUUAUCCCAUACAUGAGUCCCCCCUGCCACAUCGAGAUGAUCCUCACUGAAAAGGAGCAAAUUGUUCCUAAACCGGAAGAGGAAGUUGCACAGAAGAAAAAGGUAAAUUAUCUUGCAACUGCUCAGCUUUCUUUGUGUGUGAAGAAUGAUUUGUGGUUGCUGUGAUGACUAUCUUAGGACACCUUUGGAAUAACCAUGAAAGCACAUUAUUCUGAGCAACCCUUUUCUUUAUUUUGGCUUUUUAACAGUCCAAUUUGUUCCUCAACUAAUGUAGUAAUCUUACAUUCAGUAUAUCAGGCAGUCCCAUAUGAUUAUCUGCUGGUGGCCACACCUAUACUUUAAAGCUGGGCACUUGGGAAUUGUUUUGUAAUUGUCCCCUUAAAGCCUAAUGUAUUCAACUUACAUUGGUUUUAUUGUUUAAAUAUCCCAUCCUUGCUUCCGCUGAGGCCUUACGGACUAGGCCUUCUGCCUCCAGUGUUCAUUAUAAAGUCCUCCAAGAUAAAGUGGGUUUCUCCAAGAAACUUAACCAUCCUUUUAUUUUUUCUUUCCGCAGAUAUCCCAGAAGAAACUGAAGAAACAAAA